GUAGUAGUACCCUGAGCUGAGAGGACUCAAAACCUUAGCGAAGAUGGUGAAAGUUGCGACGUUCUUUGCUAUGUCUGUAGGAGCCUUCGCUUUCUGGCAAAUCAUGGACAAAAUCUAUGUUUGGAUCGCUCUUCAUCAAGAUGAGAAGCAAGAGAGAAUGGAGAAUGAGGCAAAAAUCAGAAGAAUGAGAGCAGAGCUAAUCAGAGAAAAUAAAGAGCGAGAGUCUCUUGCCUAA